CCCUUUUUCCCACCAGCACUGGAGACCAGAUCUGGUUGCGGUGCUGUUCCAUGCCACUUGCACCAUGGCCAAGCUGUGGACCUUGUUCAGCUUCUUUACCAACUCUCUGCCACUCGGGACCCGAGAUCACGGCAGGGCCCACAAAGAAGGCCAGCAAUGACCAGGAAGCGGGCAAGACCUACCGUAGCCCGCCCAAGAAGCUUCGGACUACCACCUCCUCCAGCCCUAUCUUCACUUGGGAAGCGAAGGCAGUCCGCAAACAGGCAGCGAGCCCCCGCACGACCACCCCGAGGUCGAUGGUCCGUCCACAGCAGGCGAGGAAGACAAAGAGAAUAACAGCGAAGAUGAGGAUAAAGCAAAUAAACGGCCGUCACGGGCGACACGUUCGGCCUGCGUCAAGGCCAAAAGGAGGCGGAUUGUGGUAGAGUCGGACAGUGAUGUUGAAAGUUCAGAGGAAGAGUUUAAACCGGAGCAGCGACGAAUGCAGCAGUGGUGUCGAUGACAACUACAUCAGUGAGCCCGAAAUGGAGACCGAUCCUGAAAGUCCAGUCGACUCCCUUCAAGCGCAAACAUGGCGCGACUUCAGCCGCCGCGAAGCCUCCGUCUCGUUCUGCUCCAGAAACUCCAAAGAGACCGGCCGCGGUGUCCUCGGGCGCCAAGUCCAAGCUGUCGGCGUUCUCUGCUCCAGAGACCUUCCAGUGCCAGCCCAGUGGAGGGGGCCUGGGCGGUGCCUCUACCGCGGCCGUGUGGGACCACGAGAAGCUGGAGUGGCCGAAACCGGGCAAGAGGAAGGAUGCGGCGAGGCGAAGGAAGGACCACCCUGACUACGACCCCUCCUCGCUGUACAUGCCAGACGACUUCCUGAGCAAGUGCAUGCUCGGCCUGCGGAGGUGGUGGGAGCUCAAGUUCCAGAAGCUCGCUGGAUGUGGUGCAGAACAAGGCUGAGUGAGUCUUACAAUCAUCCCAGGACAGAGGAUUACUGCGGAGGAAGAUUCUCCAGGGGACUGAGCGGAAUCUACUGGGACAGUGGGAGACCAGAUUCUCCGCCUGACAGGGUGAAGGUGCCACGGUUGUGAGCAGUCUGGUCCAUGACAGUUAUCCAGUCAACAGAGCUUCUGGAUUUUGAUUUGAGGGGAACUGCAGGGUGCAAAUUACAAGAACUUCCCGUGAGGAAGGAAGACAGUGGUUGACAAAGGCGUACCGGCAUUACACACCGGGGGAGCAGAA